AUGGCGGGUGUUGCAGAGAAAGCUCGAUUCUACUUGGAGCGGUCGGUUCCUCAGUUGCGAGAAUGGGAGGCGAAGGAAAUCUUCACCAAGGAAGAAAUUCGCAACAUUGUACAGCGCCGCAGCGACUUUGAGCACCGGGCGCUUGCACCGGGCGUCCAACCUACCGACUUCACCAAUUAUGUCGCUUGGGAAAUUUCACUUGAUGCCCUGCGAGUGAAGCGCUGCGAACGCCUCAAGAUCCGUCACGUCGCUUCGCAGCAUGCCACUCAGGCUCGGGUUCUGGCUAUCUACGAGCGAGCCGUCACGAAACGCCCUGCAUCAAAGGAGCUCUGGCUCGAUUAUCUUACCUAUACUGAACGAAUCAGGGCUACCAAGAGAUGGAGGAGGACUAUGACCCGCGCCCUGAGACUUAUGCCACGCGAUGCAGAGCUCUGGGUGCUAGCAGGACGCAGGGCCGCAAAGAAUGGCGAUAUGGGUACUGCGAGGGGAUAUUUCAUGCGCGGCUGCCGAUUCUGCACUGUAGAUGGCGGACUGUGGGUCGAGUACGCUCGGUGCGAGAUGGAGUGGCUGGCCAAGAUGGAGCGCAACCGCAAAGACAGCAAGAAGGGGGGGAGGUGUACCUCAUUGUUCGCCGCGGCUUUUCUAGUUAUUGACCAUUUUAUGCGCCCAAUGAUGGCUGCGGUGAUGAAGGAAGGCGUUGUGUCGAUAUCCUCCCUGGCGACUGGUGCCAGACUUGCCGAGGGUUCAAAAGACGACGUUCGUGUCCAACCAUACUCUACGUGGUUGCCCUCGCAGAACCAGGGCCCUUAUAAGCACCUGCAUGCUGUCAAAGAUGUGCUCGUGUUGGGCACUGCGGAUGCGCCCGAGCCCGACUGGGCUGUUGAAUUUACGCUCAAGUGUAACGUGAAUACUGAUAAAAUCAAGCCUGUCGAUGUCGACGUUGCGGGCGUAGCAGUUUCCUUGACGGAUGUCGUAGUAGGGUGA